CCUGACCCACCACGCAAUCGAGCCACGCCAUCAUCGCCUCGCCUGUGUCGCCCGUUGGGCCACCACCAGCCGCUAAGCUCCUCACGCGCUGGAUCGGGGGAAGAGGAUAGAUCAGCUAAGGGGAGGAGCCCUUGGCAAACGGUAGCCACAUCAACAUCACCGGGACAGAACAGCCGCAGCGACGGGGCAAACGGCAACCAAGCAACACUGGGCACCAGCAGAAGACCGACGACGAGCAUCAGCAGACAGUGGCGGUGAGCAACAGCAGCCGUCACCAACAGCACAAGCACACCAGCAGCAGGACAACAUCGGCGGCCACAGAACAUCAACACGGCUAUCGAACUGGACGUGGCGGUCGAACUGGUCAAGGCGGCGAGCACCAACGCCGCUCGCCUGAGCGAGAGUCGAGUCUAGGAAUUCGUCCCAGCCGACGUGCUCCUGGAAGGGCAUUGACUGCACCGGUGGCCGCGUCACGGAGAUCCACCGCCCGGGGGACGGACUCCGGGAAAUGCUCCCCGUCGGUGCCCUGGGUGGCCUCAGCCGGCGGCAUGGGUGGUGGCUAGGGCAGCAACCAGGCGCUGGAAGGACCCGUCGCCGCCCCGGCCAGCCACCAACGGAGCCAACCACGCCGCCAGAACCGCCUACGCCGACGCCGGAUCCACGCCGUUGACGCCAGAUAUGCCCACCGGAAUCACGGGUCGGCGCUCAAAAGGGGAGAGAAAGGGAAGGAGAGGGGAAUCUCAUGACGGACGCCGCUUGGCACCGCCACCGGCCGCCGCCAUCGCUGGCCGGCAGUGGCCGCACAAGCUCACAGAGGGGAGGGUUCCUGGCGGCGGCGGUGUGUCGCCCGCCAUGUCGCCUCUCGGGAGAGCGACACGGGGGUCUUUUUUCUCAACUGUGCUUGCAUGGAACAAUUCAAGGACUGCUGUGUAUGUCUACCUUAUUCUACUUACUUUUUCAUUCAUGAUUGGCCAAGGAACCAUAUUCUGCCUCUCAAUUGCAUACACGGCAGAUGUGGUUGAACCGUCGAAGAGGACAGCUGCAUUUGGCUUCAUGUCAGGAAUUCUCUCUGCGUCACACACUUUGGGGAAUAUCUUUUCAAAGUUUCUGCCUGAGCAGUGGAUUUUUCAGGGCACCUCAUUUUGCCUUUCUUUCCCAGUAUUACCUGAAGUCAGGAUCCGGCUUUGACAAGGAUCAGUUCUCAGAAAUUCUAAUGGUGGUAGGCAUUGGUUCAAUCUUUUCUCUGGUGCUCCUUUCAAAUUUGAUUGGUACCAAUUUAAGCGCCAUAUGUUGCAAGGCCUAUUGUCAAAUUAAUUAACUGUGGUUUUCUGAUCAUUUUU